AAUUAAAAGUAUCUAGACGGUUGAAACAAUACGGUCCAUACGAAAUAGACAGAAGCAAACUUGCCUGGAAAAGCGUAGUGAAAGGAAAAGUGCAGUCAAGCACAAAUGACGUAUGACACGUUCUAUUAGCUGUCAUUUACCUCCCCAAGUAUGUAAUAGUGUCAAAUAUUUGACUGUUAGCUAGCUAACUAGCAACGCACACAAGAAGACAUUUUUGUGCUGCUACCUGCUACCUAUAAAUCUUCUGUGGUGAUGGCGACAGUCGGAGAACCUCGGUGGACAACAACCAUCAUCAUCAGCACGUCACUGCAGAAUCAUGAAACAGUCAGAAUGCUCACAGCUCAACAACACAGAAUCCGACUGUCAUACGGCGUUGAGCGUGGAUCCUUCAUUUUUCCUCUUGCUGGUGUUGCAUUCAUGCUGGUGGAGCCUCAGGAUGUGCCCUCAAACUUGGAAGAGUCGGGACUUAUUGAGCAGAUAAAAAAGUUUUCGCAGGUCCACCGGAAUUGCUUUGUGCUGCUGUAUGCUCCUUUCAAUGGCAAGAAGGAAGUGGACGCACUGUCUCUCAUUCAGCAAAGAUUCUUUGGCAGCACCCUCAGAAUCUUGCCAGUGCGAAACAGCACAGAGAUUCUCAAAGGAAUACUGACCAUAGCAAAGGCCACAAGCAAGCCUCAUGUAGACCGUAUCCGGGACCGUAUGACUCUGGCUCGGGCUCACAUCCUUGAAAGAAGCCCUGUGUGGGAGAUGCUAAGAAAGCUCAUGUAAGCUCCUGUGAGUCUUGAGGAUGUUGUUUCUUUUUUUUUUUUUUACACAAACAUUUGCACUUGUUUGGAGUUAAUUGUUUUCUUGGUCACACAAAUAAAUGUUUAGCUUGUUGGGAUCUUUUCCUCCAUUAUCUCCUCAGUGCGCACAAUGAGGCUCUCCAUCAGGUCGAAGGUCACUAGAGCGCUCUGCAGCACCUGAGAUAUAGGGCAAAGGUCAGAUGACUCUAUAGGACGGAGGCCCGAUAACGUGACAUACUGACUCAUAAUAGGGGUACCUGGUGCUGUGCCUCUGGGGUCAUCUUCAAUAAAUUCUCACGUUUGAUUGUCAUGCUUUUAAGAGAUCUGCCAGUAGACAUUCUGGCCUCUAGAGGGCAGCAAUAGCAAGCAGAAAGGAAGUGUUUUAUGGAAGUCACUAGUAUGGCGGAAAACCGUCCAAACGCUUCAAACACAAGAAAUGAUCCAAACACAUAAAAGGUGUAAAACAAAUGCAAAGGGGAAAUGCUGUAAAUUAAAAAAAGUGCCAUCACAUAAAGACUGCAAUAUUUAAAACAAAUGCAAAAGAAAAACACUGCAAAUUCCCUAAACAACUGCAUGAGAGAAAUGCUGCAAAUUGACAAAACAAAACGGAAGUUUGAAGAAAGUUGAAGGAUGAAACUUGACUUUUAUUUUUUAUUUACAUUUUUUCCUCCUUGUCCUGUCCAGUCAAUGGACAAAAAAACAAUAGUAUUGUUUAUCCAGAUGCCUUUACAUGCAGAUUUGUUCUGCCAGGGAAAAGUGUAAGAUGCUCUUCUCCUGUUACAUCGUUUUUAUCUGACUUUAUUUGAUGUUUUAUUGUAAAGCAAAUUUGGAGCAUCCAGACAGAAAUAGGAGUGUAUAGAGAAGAAAAGAAAAGGAGACAGAGGGGGGAGUGUGGGGACAAGAGACAGGAAAAUACAGAGAGAACAACAACAGAAACAAACAACAGGACUAAAUCAGAAAAUGUCUAUGACAGACAUAAGUCCAUAAUAGACAUAAUCAAAUAAUAUCAACAGCCACAGUGAUAAUACUGUAUUGAGACAGUAAUACUUAUUAGUGGUACCAGUGAUAAUGAAAAUAGUAGUCAUAAUAAUGAUAACAUUGGCAGUAACCGUUAGUAAUCCUAUUGCCGACAUCACCAUCACUAUAAUAAAAAUAAGAACAUGACAAUACACCAUGGAUAAAUCAGUGAGUUGUGUGGCAACGUAUGUUCUGUGAGUGUAUAUAUGUAUGCUUUUACAGGUAUCUCUGUAGGUGUGUAUGUAUGCAUCUCUAUAUUUAUGAACGUCUGCAUGUCUAUACUGUAUACAGGGUGUGUAUAUACUGUAUGUGCGCACGUGUGUGUAGGUGUAAUUGUCACUGAGAAUGUAUGACGGCUGAUCUUUAAAGAGGGAGAAUGAAAGUAUUUUUUGGUGUCUUUGCUAAACACUAGGUAUCAUUGUAAUGCUAACAUUAGCUACGUAAAUCAGCUGCGCUAUAAUAUUGUAAAAUAUUAUGGCCAAGUGUUUCACAAAGACAUAAAAAAAAAUUACCUUUUUAUUCCGUCUCUUCAAAAGUCAGCCAACUUUAUUCUCGCCAUCCCGCUCAUGUCUUUAAAGAUGGAGAUCCCCCAAGUCUGACUCCCCAUGGUAGCCUGGGUAACUCCUAUUUCGUUCUGUGAACUUGCAGCAUUCCUCUCAAGAAGUUGUUUUUGGGGGGUUUUGUGUGUUUUGGAGUUUGCAGCAUUUUUCUUUUGCAUUUGUUUUUUAUCCUGCAGCGGUGAUGUGAUUGCAGCAUUUUUAAUUUGCAGAACUUUCCUAUUGCAGGUGUUUUAUGGUGUUUGCAUGUUUUUAAUUUUGGAUCAUUUCUGUGUAUGUGUAGCAUUUUAUGUUGCUCCAGACAUAUGUGACAAAUAAUCAAAAAAAUCAGAGAAAAUAAGUUGCCAAUUUGCACUUUGUGUCACAAAUAUUGCAACACAUUGCACUCAAACUGUAUUGGAUCGACAAACAGUCGUGUUUGAAGCAAAUAUUCCUUGCUUACCUCUUGCUUGUCGCUUGUGAUCAUCUCUCAGCGCCUUCACCUCAGCCGUAUAAUAAGCUCUCGACAUACUGAUACACACACGCAACAUUUUUGUGUACGCCUCUCUCAUCCUGCUGAGUUGUUCCCACACGUCUGCCUGCAGAUAGGUAGGAGGAGGAGGACAUCAUUAUUACCUGCUAGAUGUGCGAGUAAGGUGUUGUUGUCCAUUGAACCUACAUUGCUGCUCAGCGGUUUGUCUCUGAUGAGAAGGUAGCGUAGGAGGUUCAGACUCUCCAUUAUCCUGGAUAGACAGAGCCAAGGUUCUGCUUUAAUGGUUCCAUUCAUGUUCAUACAGUUGAGUGAGACUAGAAAGCUAACAUAUUACAUAUUAUAGACACAUAUUAGACACACCAUAUCGCUGUUUAGGUUUAUCAUAAUGCUGCACACAGACUUACUUGUCCAUGUUGUGAAGCAGAUCAGUUUGUGCACCCUGAGGUAAAUUCAACACCAGCCCCAACAGCGAGAGAAGCUCUACCCCCACGAACCAUCCUGUGACGUUGCCCGACUAGAGCAUAAUAAUACCAUAAUAAUAAUCAGUUUUGAUUGACACUGUCAGAGAGGUAUCAGAGGUAACAGAUACUGAUGUAGCAAGAUAAGGUAACCAGUAUUAGAAACAGUUGACUUGCAAACUACAACUACUACAGGUUAGUUAGUGCAUCUUUUGUCUCACCUUCAUGGAGGAUUCUACUUCAUUUCGAAUGUUCCGCACAAUGUAACCUUCCACUCCAGGAUGGUUACUGGUUGUUAACAGGCAUCUGGAAUUACAAUAUAGACGAGUGAUGGGAAAAUGGAUUCCUUUUACUUACUCUAGUUCUUAUGAGUCACACACUCGAGUCAGUCAUGAUAAAGUGCAUGCACAGAAACUUGCACGUGCAACAACUUCCCACGCCAGUGAAGCACCCGUCACAGAGCACAUGCGCGGAAACUCACGCGUGCGCAGCAUGUUCACCAGUGGUGCUGUAGAUGCUCAAUGAGCACCCAUGAGUCAGUGAAACUCGAGUCUUCAUUGCGGACUCAAGAGUCAGUAAAACUCGAGGCUUUGUCGAGCAUCCGUGAGUUAGUGAAACUAGAGUUUUUGCUAAGUACACAUGAGUCAGUGAAACUCGAGUUUUCAUGGCGUACCUGUGAGUCAGUGAAACUCGAGUCUUUGUAGAGGAACCGUGAUGCAGCUCAGGCAGGAAAUGGGCUCCAGCACAUCACAGACUAUCGACAGCGGAGUAGCGUAGCCACGUCCAGCCAAACCACACUUCCAGAUGAGCUGAACGAGUUCUAUGCCCGCUUUGACACCCAAACUCCUGAUGAGCAGAGAGGGUGGCUGGACUUGGGGAGCACACAGGACUCACCUCUCAUGGUGACAUCAGCUGAUGUGCGCAGGGUUCUGAACAAAACAAACCCACGAAAAGCAGCAGGCCCAGACAACAUCUCAGGCCGUGCACUUCGGGUUUGCUCAUCAGAGCUAGCUGGUGUGCUUGCUGAUAUAUUUAACCUGUCGCUUGCACAAGCAUCUCUACCGACCUGCUUUAAGUCCACCACCAUAGUGCCCGUACCCAAGAAGAGCAACGUGACCUGCUUGAAUGACUAUCGCCCUAAAGCACUCACUCCUAUUGUAAUGAAGUGCUUUGAAAGAAUAGUCAUGACCCACAUCAAAAAGAGCAUCCCGGCAACUGCGGACCCUCUACAGUUUGCAUAUAGCCAGAACCGGUCCACGCAUGAUGCAGUCAACACUGCCAUCCACACAGCCCUUUCUCACCUACAGGGCCAGGACACAUACGUAUGUCAGAAUGCUAUUUAUAGACUAUAGCUCUGCUUUUAAUACAGUCAGCCCCCACAAACUCACAAAUAAGCUCCUCACACUUGGCCUGUCACCCUCCCUCUGUAACUGGGUGUUUAACUUUCUCACAGGCAGACCCCAGUCAGUCAGAGUCCACAAUCACACAUCCAGCUCAAGAAUUGUGAGCACUGGGACCCCACAGGGGUGUGUGCUGAGUCCGCUCCUCUACACGCUCUUCACCUACGAUUGCGUGGCCUCCCAGAACAACACCAGCAUAAUUAAAUUUGCGGAUGACACUACAGUCAUCGGCCUGAUCACUGGUGGUGUUGAAACGUCAUACAGAAGAGAGGUGGCGGACAUCAUAGCUUGGUGUCAUGAUAACAAUCUCCUUCUCAAUACAGAUAAGACCAAAGAGAUGAUCAUUGACCAAAGAACAAGGGAAAAGGAGCCGCAUAAACCCCUGUUUAUUAUGAGACUGAGGUGGAGAGGGUGAAAACCUUCAAGUUUCUUGGCACACACAUCAGCGAGGACCUCACCUGGUCUCACAACACCCAACAAAUUAUGAAGAAGUCCCAAAAGAGACUGUACUUCCUGAGGAGACUGAGGAAAUUUGGCAUGUCCACCAAAAUCCUCAGUUGCUUCUACAGAUGCACUAUCGAAAGUGUCCUUACCGCCUCUAUCAUUGUUUGGUUUUGUACAACACGUGAUAGAAAGGCAUACCAGCGGGUGAUCAAGACCUCACAGAACAUUGUUGGGGCAACCCUCCCCUCACUGCAAGACAUUUAUAAAUCUAGAGUCCUACGCAGAACACACAACCUCAUCAAGGACAGCACACAUCCACAACACUCAUUAUUCACACUCCUACCGUCAGGCAGACUCUACAGGAGUUUGAAGUCCAGGAUCACAAGACUGGCAAACAGCUUUUACCCACAGGCCAUCAGGCUUCUCAACGAAGCACUCACACACGCCGCACGCAACACACGCACACACUCAUAACACUUUAUUUAUUUAUUUAUUUAUUUGUAUUAAUUUCUGUUCUGUUGUUGUUGCUUAAUUUAUUGGUACAUAUGUUUCUUAUGUUCUUAUUCCUUUUCUUGUGUUUUCUUUCUUUUCUUGGGAGAAUGAACAGAAUAAGAAUUUCAUUGCAUAGUAUAACUGCCUGUUUUACUAUGCAUAUGACAAUAAAACUCUUGAAUCUUGAAAGCAGUUGAUUUGAGGCAAGGACUAGAUCUGUUGCUUUUUCCAUGGGGCUAAUUCAUUUAUGUAAAUGCAGUAGUGUAAUAACUAUACAAUUACUGACAUGUUACCUUGUAAGUGAAGAAGUUAACGGAGACGAGUACCCAUGAGCCCCAUGAGUUAGUAAAAAACGUACACGUUUCUAACCACUCCUUCAUACUCGCACAUCUCCAAUAUGGCCACAACCCAAACACAAGGGUCACUUAUGUGAGGUGUGUGUGUGUGAUAUUUUGUUUGUUAUUCCUUCCCUGCCCAUUGUCAAAGAAGUACAAAACAGUGUUAGAGAAAACUUCAUGGAACAGCUACGUUAAAAUGCCCUUGGUCUUACCUGAAGAACUUGUGCUUCGCUUCAGCUUCUAAUUUGUUGAUGAGAAGCUGUAAAACCUUCAGACCACUUUCUCUCUGUAGAAGCAGAGAUUUAUUAAUCAUUAUUACUCUUAGGAAGACAUGACUGCAGGCCAAUGGCUCAUUGUGUCCCAGAUGAAGCUGCUCACCAGAUGUUGCAUGGGACAGUCUGUCAGAACUUGCAGCAGGCUCUGGAAAAUGUUAAAGUUGUACUUCAAAUGCUACAUACAGUAUUACUUCAACAGCGUAAUCUCUAAAAUCCAAUGCCCCUAGAGCUGUUUUUUUUUUUUUUUUAGCUUUUUGUGUCUCUUUUCCAAAAGAAGG